CACAAAGCCACACAAUGCGUUCUUUCAUCGUCCUUUUCGCUAUCUGCGCCAUCGCCUAUUCCCAGAGACUUGCAUGUGGAUUCUCCUGCUCCCGUCGUACCGUCGUAUCUGCUCCAAUUGACGGAGCCCCAGGAACCGCAACAUGUUCCGACACAACCACGCCAGAAAGAUGUUCCGGAUGUUGCCAGGCUAGAGCUCUUCAAGACGGCCUCACCACGGACUUCGCAUCUGGAUUCAUCUCAAAUGACCGUAGAACCUGUGUCUGCUGCUUCAACAACACCAACAGAAACUGUGGAGGCGGAAACACGUUCUUCGAUGGAAAGAAGUAAAUUAAAGUUUCAUUAUGCAAUAAAUAUUUAAUCCUUGAAAAA